CAGGCGAUGUGUGAUCGCUCUCUGCCCAUGGAGCUGUCAGUUCGCGGCCAGGCGGCGAUCCCGGGCGGAGCAAAGCCGGGGCCAACCCGCGGAGCGGCUCCGUACAGCCGGCCAUGUCCAGGCGGAGGCUGAGCCGCCCAUUGCCCCUCGGCCUCUGCUCCGUCGCCCUGCUGCUGCUGCUGCUGCUGCUUGGGGGCUUCUGGGGCUCCUGGUGCCCCCGCAACCCGCCGCCGAGCCGGGAGGAGGCGCUGCCGCCCGCCGGGGCAGCGGGCGCCGGCAGGUCAGAGGUGGGCGCCGGGCGGGUGACUUAUGUCCGGAGUCUGAAGCGGGACCGUCCCGCAGCCCGCGCCCAGGACGCCGAGGGUUUGGGGCCGGACUGCUGCCGCAGCCCUCUGCUGCAGGGCAGGCGGAAGUCACUUCGUUGGCACAUAGCACUCCAACCAUGGGUCAGUCCACGGCAUUCCCUGGAGGAGGAGGCAGCUCGGUUCCUGGACUAUAUCAGCAGUUCUCAGGUUCCCUGCACCAACAUGGAUGAAAAGAGUUUGAUGGGCAGCUCGGAGGAGACCCAGGAACCAUGGGCUGUCUGCCUGGACAAUACGUUUCACCUUGCUCGACAGAUGCACACACGACAGUGCCGGAUUUACUCAGUGGGACUAGGGAGCGGAGACAAACAUUUUGAAGAGGAAAUGGCCAGAGCGGGUUGCGAGGUUCACUAUUUUGAUCCCAGUGUCAAAGAGGCUCACGUUCUGAAGCGCGAGGGUUACUGGCACCAUCGCAUAUCAAUUGACUGGCGAGACCCCAACCCAGCCAUCGCAGCCCACAGACAACCCAUAACCACCAAAAAGUUGGGCGUGAUCAUGAAUGAGUUUGGUCACAGGAAGAUUGAUGUUCUCAAGGCAGACUUGGAGAGUGCAGAGUGGAAGAUUCUGGAAAACCUAAUUCUAGAAAAUGUCAUUGAAGAAAUUGGACAGCUCGUUUUUGCAAUACAUCUGCAUUGGCCUGGGUUCGAGGUCAGUGGAGGUGACAAUGAUGUGGUUCGGUAUUGGUACAGCCUGCUGAAGGAACUAGAACUCACGGGAUUCAAGCUUUUCUGCAGUUACAAGAACGUAAAUAAGCCACAAAUCUUCCUGCAAAAGCAGGCUUUCAAUGCCAGUAGCAGCUACAUCCUCAGCUGGGUGAAUACCCAGUGGGGACAGCAUUGAAUCAGGAAAUACGGAUCCACUGGUGAGGUUAGAUGUUGAUGCUUUGUGCUCAGUCCAAGCCUCCCCAUGACCCACUGGUGGAAACAAUCAAUGAUCUGUAAAUUCCUUCAGGAGCAUUUAAUCUAUUCCAGAGAAAUGCAGUUUGAGACUUCAUUGCUGGAACAAUUUCAGUGGCUACAUUGCCUCUUAUUUUCAGUGCUUAAUGCUGGGCUUCCUCUAGACAGUAAACUGAACUGAUUUGGAUUUGAUUGCCACAAUCCUGGUUAUGUGCACCUCAAGGACAAGUUUAGGUUCCGACACACUAAAGUUCAGACUGGACAUUAUGUUGUGUGGAAUGUAGUUCUCAGGGUUGACAGUUACCAACACUGGUGACAACCUGGUAAAUGU